AUGCCCGGCUGGAAGAGACCCGACUCAGUGCCACACCCCAAGGUGUGGCGGCGAGCGGUCGGCAGGAAGCCGGUGGAUGGCAAGGUGCCGUCCUUCGUCAUCCAGGACAUUCCCAAGGACCGCGAAGAGGACCUACUUGACUUCAUGCAGCAACACUACAUGAAAAACGAACCAAUCAGUAAAUGCCUGAAUGUGGGCGAAGACCCGGUGAACAUGCAGGGGUUGCGUGAUUACUGGGGGAAAUUGCUGGCCCAGAGGAUAGCUGUCGUCGCCUUCCUCGAAGACGAUGGCCGUCUACCCAGGAUCGUGGGUGCCAAUAUAAUCGGCAUUCACACCAAGGCUGAGGAGGAUGUCAAGCUGGAGUACGAAAACGAUGUCGCCCAAAAGAUCUUGACGUUUAUAGACUACUUGGAAUCCUUGGCAGACCCUUUCGAGAAGUACGGAGUGGAGGAGUACAUCACAGCAGUGGGGCUGUCGGUGGCCAAGGAGUUCCAAGGCCAAGGGCUGGGCAAGGAGCUUCUGAAGGCCAGGUUCGACGUGGGCCGGGCCGUGGGGGUGAAGCUGACGGUGACUGCAUUCACUGCCAUAGAGUCGCAGGUGCUGGCCACCAGGGACGGCUUCGAGGAGUUGGCGCGCAUCGACUACAAGGACUACAAGGUGGAUGGCAAAGAGGUGUUCCCGGGAAUAACCAGCAAGUGUGCCAUACUAAUGGCUAAGAGGAUAUAA